GAUGACUUCAGUGUGGAUGUGUGUUCUAGGACCUGUGUCUGUAGUUGUCUUCAAUAAAUGAAUCGCAGCAUAUCUCUGGUCCAGGAAGUGGAUGCUGCCUCCUCUUUAUCCUCAUCUCCAUCCUGCCAUUGACUUCAACUCUGUGUGUGUGUGUUUGUGUGUGGAAGCUCACUCCAGGCCUAUGUGAGUGUGUCGCUGUAACACAGUGUAUGUGAGUGUGUGUCAUCCUCUCCCAACCCACCAUGUCCCCGUAUCCCUCGACUCUCCAACUGAGUCCGUCUGUGUGCCUCCACGUCCUCUGUGUGCUGCUGCUCCUCACUGACCUUUCCUGCGAACAAAUAGGAAAGAAUGCAACCCUGCCCGAACCCUCAACCCCACCCACCAAAAUACAAGGUGACAGGGUUGGUGCAGCCUCCAAACAGCCUUCCUCUAUUUCUCUCCCUUCGACCAACUCUACCUCUCAAGGGAUACAUGAUCAAAAUAAUACACUGAACAAAUCUGUAAUAUCGUCCAUCCCACCCACCCAACCUAUAGGAGGAACACAGUCCCUCACAUUCUCACACCCCUAUUCUCAAGACACAGUUACUAAGCCUGCAACCUCUCUGCCCCCUGCCAACACCACAAAGGCUUCUAGUGCUGGAACCAACACUAGCACUGGUACCACUACAUCCACAACUACAGUGACCACCACCAAAACCAAUGUACAUGUAACUACUCCAGCCAAAACCACACCAGCAGCAGCAACAACCACACCAUUAGCAGCAACAAUCACGCCACCAUCAGCAGCAGCAAAAACCACACCAUUAGUAGCAACAGCAACCCCACCAUCAGCAACAGCAACCACACCAUCAGCAACAGCAACCACACCAUCAGCAGAAACAGACCCAAAACCAACAACAAAAGGCCCAAAACCAACAGCAAAUACUACACCUACAACAACUUCUACAACAGCAAAAACUUCUACAACAACGACAACAAAACCAACAAAAGCACCGCGCCUUCCAACAACAGUAAAACCAAUGACCACACUUACAAGAGAUAACACAACUGUUACUGUUACUACAACUGCAGUAACAAUGACCUCAUCAUCUCCAUCAUCAGCAGCUCCCACGCUACAGCCACAUGUCCCAAGCAAUGGGAAGCCACCGGUUCAACCCAAUACUUCCUUUUCACCCACAAGGUCUGCCAAUGUAACUGUUACUGCCACCAGCACUAGUACACCUGGCACAAACCACAAGGAUCCCCCAAGAACGGGGUUAGACGAAGCCGGGGCUGCUCUGACUAAGCAGCUGGUGGAUACGGCAUCUUUACUGGCCGUCCUGCUCUUCGGCCUGCUCUUCUUCCUGGUCACAGUCGCCGUGUUUGCCACACAAGCCUACGAGAGCUACAGGAGGAAGGACUACACUCAGGUGGACUACCUGAUCAACGGCAUGUACACGGACUCGGGGGUCUGACGGAAGGGGCUAAACACAACACACAGAGAGUGUUUAGGCCCUUGGAGUCAGAGAUUGCAGAAUGGAGGAUGGACUGGAUGUUAACACGGCAGCUCUGUGAAGUCACAAGUUGCUACUGUUAGACGGUUUGGGGAGAAGCAGGAAUGAAAGGACUAUACUGACCCUAAAACAGUCACUGAUCUGUUUCUGUCUUUACUUAACACUUUGCUCUUUCCUGCUUCUCUUUCUCUGAUGAUUUGAAUAUGAGGAGGUUGGCUUGUCCCUUUUUUUUUUUUGGCCAAAUGUUAAGCAGCUUAAAUAGAAGUUACCCAGAUGUAACUCAAGUUCUACAAAGUACGUGUGUUGUCCUCUAAUGGGCCGAGUCCACCAUAAGGCUGGUAAGGCCAGCCGCCAUUGGUCUCAGGGUGGCUGGACCAAUCAGGAUUCUUCCAAGGUGAUAGAAAGUAGGCGUGGUCAACUGAGGCUUUACUUCCUGAGGAGCCUUUUUUUCCUUUUUGUAAUUUUUGGCCGAAAAGUUUAAAAAUCUGUCAAGUAGACAAGUGUUAUAGUCUCUUUGCAGAUGAAUGUUGUCACACAAAUCUAGCGCUUAUUAAGGACCAAAUUUUGUGAAUUUUAUGUCCAAGAUGUGACUGUAAACAGACCAGUAAAUGACUGAUACGCAAAAAAUUCAAGAACAUAAAAAAACUACUAAUUGGGCAGCAAUUUCUUAGUCGAGCAGCACCCUAAAAACUGAUUAGUUGUCUUUUAAGUAACACCUCUAACUAUCACAUCAGAUACACAUUAAAAAAAAUGAACUUACCCCUCUUGUUAUCGCAACAACAGGUGCCUAUUUGUCCAUAAUUUCGAAACACAUGUAAAAUCUGUGGGAAUGAGUUUGGCUAAAAAGGUCUAGCACAGAAUUGGGUGAUCAUUUAUACAUUAUACUUCAUAAACAAAUCAGAGAAGGGUCAAUUUGAACCGGGAGGACAAAAGUUGCAUGGUCGACGGGAAGACAACGGGAGGGUUAAGAUGUGUAUUUCAAAACAUUACCACAUUUACAUAAUAUAGCACGCUGCCAAAUCAAAUAUUUCCGAUAUUUUCAAUACCAGCGCUCGUCAUCGAUUAUAAUGAAUGAUUGAUCUAGUUGUUGAUGUCCAACUAGCUCACUCUUGAUAUUUUGAAAAGUUGCCUCAUUUCACUUUUGGAAAGGGCAGCAUUGGGGUCGAGGAAAUUUUCAAUCACAUGUGCACCUUUUUUUUUUUUGUUGUUUAUCAUAACUUUAGUCUUAUUUGAGUAGAUUUGUUCGCCAUUUUAUCUGAAAUGGUAACACUAUACUCAUUAAGAUAAUAGACAUCAUCACAGUUCACAAACCCACUUCGUCAGUCAACUUUGACCUACUGUACUGAUUGUCCGGUACAAUGAAGGGUCAUUACAACAUUUCAGGUCCACUCACUGUACAGAAAGAAUGGCCAAAAAUAAAAGAAAUAAGUUGGUAUAAAUGUAUUACAGUGGAAUUAUCCGUCAAACAUAGCUGUCAGAUUAAAUGCCAGUCCAAUCAGUAGCAGUAGUGCGGUUUAAAAAGUAUCUGACUUGAGUGACUUUACAGCAUGGGGAGCUGGAUGCGAACCAACCGCUUUCAUACUUUAAUCAAAAGUAAAUAACCACAUGGAAAAACUUCACAGGGUUCCACAGAAGUACAAGAGUUUUUCUCAGAAAGACAUUUGAGUUUUACACAGGUACUCCUACCAGCUCAAUACAGUGGAUGUGUCUUUCCAUCUCUCUGCAUUAAGCUUCCCCAGAUGUGGCCUGGUGUGUUGAAGCCUGAUGCCGGUGUGUCAGGGCCAAAGUAUAUACAGUCUGGUGUCUGGUUUAGUCAGCAGGCAGAGAGAGAGAGAGAGAGAGAGACCACUGUGUCAUGUUAGUCAAGUCAUCAAGUUGAUGAUAUUUUUUUUCAUCCUCUGUCAGUCUGUUAAUAUUGGCUCUAAGUGUUUUUGUGUCACGGGCAGUAGAGGCUUUGUUCACUCAGUCUGUUUGUUUGGAUGGCCACUGCUUAGCUUGGUGAUGACGUUAAAAGUAGAAGGUCCAACAGACAUAUAAAAACAAUCUGCCUUAUUCAAUUCACACUGAGAAUGAAUCAAUCCAGCCUGGUUCCAUUGAUUACACUGCUUUCAGGGACAUGAUCGAUCAUUUCAAAGAUUUCGCAACAGCCAGAAUAGCAGUAAGUUCUGAUUCCUGCACAUUACAAAAGCAGCUGUGCAUCCCCACCCUUAUUCUGCUGUUGCACACACAAAACUUAUUUCAGCUUGGAUUGGGACUGGUGGAAAUAAAUAUACGUCACUUUUUAACUGGAACUUUCUACAGAAAAUCUUGCCUUGUGUUCCAACCUCCUGAUGUGGAGAUAUGCGAGGAUAGGGCUGUUGUUCUAGACUUCAUGCUGUCAUUUAAUUAACCUUUGUGUACCGACAGAUUUUCUGAGUUAUCAGAGUUUCUAAAACUACAUGAAAUACGAGUGAAAGUGAUGGUAUGUGCAGACCUUUUCAGUGUGGGAAAACAACCUUUUAUGUGAGAGUUUUUCCCCCUCUUUUCAUUUCCCUUUCUUUACUUUAAAGACACAGUCCGACAUUUUGGGAAAUGGUUUUAUUUGCCUUAAAACUCACAAUUACAUGAGAAAAUUGCUAUCGCGUUCAUUGUUUACAUGGUCCAGGGGGUUUGUAGCAUUGGCACAAAGUGGGGAAACAGUUUGCCUUCACCAAAAGAGACAGUAGUACACUCGGUUACUAAAUUCCAAAGCUUUUUACUGUUGUUUUGCUGACGUAGCUUUCGUGCAGAUAACUUAAAGUCGUCUGAGUUCUGUCCAGAAUCAUGAUUAUUUAAAAGCAGGCUGCCCUGGUUAUGAACAGGACCUUUUGAAAACCAACGUACCAGCUGCUAUUGGUCAACAAAUACGACAGCUUCAAAGCUAACUAGUAAAACCACAGGGGGCUGCCACUUAGCAUCUGACUAGCUUAGCUGUGAUUUUAAGCCGUUUCAACUAAAAUGUUGUCAGCUUAAGUAAAACCUCAGAUACAGUGACACAGCUAAUUUAAACCACAGCAUCUGAGGAUACACAAACAUAAAACCACACCUAAGCUAGCUACAAAGCCAUAGCGCCAAAAUGUCUUAACAAUUAAACAUUGUUUACAUGUGUUAAAUGAGAUACAAAAAGACAUACAUGUAAUAGCCUAGCUUAGCACAAAUACGGGAAUUAAGGGAAACGGGUAGCCUCGCUUGCUCUAAUGGUUUAUUUUAUUUUUAUUUAGUUUUUUAUAUAUUUGAUAUCGCUCGGCUAACAGUUUCCCUAGAUUCCAGUCUUUGUGCUAAGCUAAACUCAUCCUGGGCCUUUCUCUGUACUAUAGUUAUCCAUGCAAUAUCAGAUGAAACAGAUUUUCUCAUCUUUGUGGUUCACAGCAAAGAGAAACACAUUUCCAAAUGUUGCACUGUGUCUUAAACAUUUCUUUCAAGGUCUUAUAAUUUCACUUACAUUACAUUCAGUUAGCUUUCAUUGAUGUCGAUAACAUUUCAGCUGUUCUCCAGUGUUUAAUGUCUCUAUGCACUUAUGUUCUGUGGUGAAUCUUGGGAACAAGGCCAUACUAGAUUGUUUAUUUGAAUAUAUUUGAACAUAUUUUUGUAUUUUUGCUCAUGGUGAAUGUAAUUGAAUUUGAAUGCUAAGCUAUUUUGGAUACAUUGGAUCAUAUGUCUUCUAUAUAAUUAAUCCACUGUUUAAACCUGUUCGUGACCAACUUCCAGGUUAUAUGUAUUUUGCUUGUUUAGAUGUGUGAACAUGAAAACAUUCAUCACCAUAUCUCAUAAUACAUUUAGGGCACAACCUUAUCAUUCCUGGUCACAUGCAUUACAUUACAUUACAUUACUCAUUACAUUCAGCAGUUUUUUUUUAAGAAUCAUGACUCAAAGUAGAAUUAGAUUCCAGUUCUGAGCUGUGGAAGUUAUAAAUGUGAAUGUACCGAUGUGAGUAAGUCUUGUGCAUAUCAUGUUGCAGUAACAUUGGAUAUGAGGGGUGUUCCCAAAGCUCUUAAUAUAUUAAUGAAGAUGUCUGUUGUUCAAAGACUGUCUAAAGGUGUGAUUUACAUAACAUGACAAAGCAGUGAACACAUACCUACACAUGAUGUGUUGCAUCUGUUACAUGUAUGAAUAAUAUAUGUUUUUAAGGAUUAUGGAUAAAUUGCCUUCUAACCUAUAACAAAUUGUUUUCCAGUUCUGGUGAACAGUUCUCAAAGCUUUUGCAAUAUGUUAAGAAGAACAAAUAUGAGACAGUAUCCAUGCUACAAACUGAAUUAUACUGUUGCCUUUUCUUUUCUUUACCAGCUUGUAUCACUUUACUUUGUCCAUGGGUUUCAUGGUUGAUGAAAAAAAAUUGCCAAAUAAUAACUGAAGCACAUUAUUGUAUGUUAAAGCCAAGGGAAAUGUAAAGCCAUCAUCAAUGAGAGUAAAUGAACGGUUGGCAUGAACUGUAGAUGUAAGAAGAAAGUAUAUAUGGGUUGAUCUGAAAGCUCACACUGCAAGAGAUGUGUUCAAAUGAAAACAUGAUACUAUUUGUAUGUUUCUGCACAUUAAGACAUGCAUCAGGUUUUGACCUCUAUGGUGGUUGACCCUGAUCUUUUUUUUUUUUGUAUUGUGCCAAUUUUGUAUUAAUUUGAUUCCAUGCCAUAACUGUUUUUGUUUUCUUCUUUUUUUAUUUGUAUUUGUAAAAGUUCCUCUAAAAUAAUAUGUGAAAUGACGUGAAUAUUCAAAUUUGUUCAGUAGAAUGUAGAGGUAAGAGGUACAGAAGCCCAGAACAAAAGAUAAACUUGAGAUCAUUUAAUUGGAAGAAGAAAAAAGUCUUGGUUGCUCUCAGCUUCCAUACAUGGGUGUAAAUAUGUUUAGGUUUGUUUUUCUUAUGAUCAUUGACUAGAUUUAAUAAUCCAAGCAGGUUUCCUUAGCAUCAAAAAAUAAUUAGUUCACUAUUACAGCAUAACCCAAACUGUCUUCUGAUCAUUAGAAGAAGAAAAAAAAUCAGACAUAAAGUAUCUUCCGUAGCUGCUCUCACAGUCUGGUGAUUUAAGGAGAUUACAUUGUUAUGAUCAUGAGGAAACAUCUAAUGCUAAUUCCACCCAUGGCCUCUAAUGUGUUCUGUAAGAUUGACAUUGAAAUGGCUCCUCUGACAGCUACAACGUAGAGUAAUAAUGUAUGUCCUGGAUGAUGUCACUGCGUCUAUAGAGUCAGUGGAGCAUUUUCAAGAUUUGAACAUUUUCUAACUAAUUCAGAGUUUCUCAGUCGUUCUGAACUGAGCUGUAAUGAUCCUGGAAACAGUGGCAGGAUUGUGUUCAGGGUGGAUUUGUGUUUGUGACUUUUUGUGCAGAGUGUCCGGAAAUGAAAAAAGAGAGGACACCUGUCGUGUGCCAACUCAACAUUGUACUAAUGCACUUUGAAAAGAUAUUUUUACUCGCAGAGAAUAAAUAAUAAAAAAGAACCAAAUUGAUCUUGUUGGUGUUUGAGUCAAUCAAUGUAGUCUUAUACUCUGUUUAAUUCAUAGCUGCCAGGUGUAGUGCAGUUACAGUAUAAUACCAUCAUUCCACAUGAAGAGAGCACUGAUUGAUC